AUGCCUUCUGCUGCUCCCCUGUCCAGCACUGCCAAUGGCAACCUCUCCGCAAACGAUAAUAUACGUCGCUUCUCUGCCCCAAGCAGACCCCUCACUCCCCUAGAGCACACCCUCUUCCACGACAAGACACGAUGCUUCGUAUAUGGUAUGCAACCCCGUGCCGUGCAGGGAAUGCUCGACUUCGACUUCAUCUGCAAGCGAUCCACCCCCUCCGUAGCCGGCAUUAUCUACACCUUUGGCGGCCAAUUCGUCAGUAAGAUGUACUGGGGAACUAGCGAGACUCUGCUCCCCGUCUACCAGGAGGUCGAAAAGGCCAUGUCAAAACACCCAGAUGUCGACACCGUCGUCAACUUCGCCUCGUCGCGAAGUGUCUACAGCUCCACCAUGGAACUCAUGCAGUACCCCCAGAUCAAGUUAAUUGCCAUCAUCGCUGAGGGUGUCCCAGAAAGACGCGCCCGAGAAAUCAUGGUAGCUGCGAAAGAAAAAGGGAUAACUAUCAUUGGCCCCGCGACUGUCGGAGGCAUCAAACCAGGUGCCUUCAAAAUUGGCAACACUGGCGGCAUGAUGGACAACAUUGUCGCAUCUAAACUCUACCGCAAGGGCUCAGUGGGCUACGUCUCUAAAUCUGGAGGCAUGUCUAAUGAGCUGAAUAAUAUCAUCUCCCAAAACACUGAUGGAGUCUAUGAGGGUGUCGCUAUUGGAGGCGACAGAUAUCCUGGAACCACAUUUAUUGACCAUCUCCUGAGAUACCAAGCAGAUCCAAAGUGUAAGAUCCUCCUGCUCCUGGGUGAGGUCGGUGGUGUUGAAGAGUACCGCGUCAUCGACGCUGUGCACGAUGGCACCAUCACGAAACCAGUUGUCGCGUGGGCCAUUGGAACCUGCGCAAGCCUGUUCAAAACAGAAGUCCAGUUCGGCCACGCUGGCGCCUCCGCCAACUCUGAACUUGAGACUGCAGUCAUGAAGAACAAAUACAUGAGAGAAUCUGGCAUCCACGUCCCAGACACCUUCGAGGAACUACCCCGGGUCCUCGCGGACGUCUACAAGAAGCUCGUCAAGCAAGGAACCAUUAAGCCCGAACCUGAACCUGUCCCACCCAAGAUCCCCAUUGAUUACGCCUGGGCCCAGGAACUUGGCCUCAUCCGUAAACCAGCCGCAUUCAUCUCUACCAUCUCUGACGACCGUGGUCAAGAACUGCUGUACGCCGGGAUGCCCAUCUCAGAUGUGUUCAGAGAAGACAUCGGAAUUGGCGGCGUCAUGUCGCUGCUGUGGUUCCGUCGCCGUCUCCCCAUCUACGCUAGCAAGUUCCUCGAGAUGGUCCUUAUGUUGACGGCUGACCAUGGUCCCGCUGUAUCUGGCGCCAUGAACACGAUCAUCACAACUAGAGCUGGAAAGGAUCUUAUCAGCGCUCUAGUAUCUGGUCUGUUGACGAUUGGCUCCAGGUUUGGUGGUGCUCUGGACGGCGCUGCGGAGGAGUUCACAAAGGCGUUCGACAGGGGCCUUAGUCCCCGCGAUUUCGUUGAUACCAUGCGCAGGGAAAACAAAUUGAUACCAGGUAUCGGUCACAAAGUAAAAUCCCGUGCCAACCCAGACCUUCGCGUCGAACUCGUCAAGGAGUUCGUACACAAAAACUUCCCAAGCCACAAACUCCUCGACUACGCCAUCGCCGUCGAAACCGUUACGACUUCCAAGAAAGACAAUCUAAUCCUAAACGUCGACGGGUGCGUGGCUGUAUGCUUUGUUGAUUUGAUGCGGAACUGUGGUGCGUUUAGCCCCGAGGAGGCGGAGGACUAUCUGUCUAUGGGUGUGCUGAAUGGGUUGUUUGUUUUGGGGAGGAGUAUUGGGCUCAUUGCGCAUUUCUUGGAUCAGAAGAGGCUGCGGACUGGGCUUUAUAGGCAUCCGUGGGAUGAUAUUACGUAUUUGCUACCGACGUUGCAGAAGGGUGCGCCGGGUGCGGAGGGGAGAGUUGAGGUUAGCAUGUAA